AUGUUGAAAGUUGUUGCUCCAGCAUUGCUGGCGACAUUGGUGGCCGGCCACGGUCAUAUCACGAACAUUGUGAUCAACGGGGUCUCCUACGAGGGCUGGGACAUCAACUCGUUCCCCUACGAGACAGAUCCCCCUACUGUCGUGGCAUGGGGGACCCCGAACACAGCAAAUGGAUUUAUCACACCAGAUAACUACGGAACAUCUGAUAUCAUCUGUCACCUUAAUGCAACCAAUGCCAAGGGCCAUGCUGUGGUAGCGGCCGGAGACAAAAUCAAUCUCCAGUGGACGACGUGGCCCGACACACACCAUGGCCCAGUCAUUGACUAUCUCGCCAACUGUGGUGACUCGUGCGAAACCGUUGACAAGACGACGCUGAAGUUCUUUAAAAUUGAUGGCGUAGGCCUCGUGGAUGACACUACUGUCCCUGGUACCUGGGGUGAUGAUCAGUUGAUCGCCAACAAUAACAGCUGGCUGGUCGAGAUUCCUCCCACCCUUGCCCCCGGAAACUACGUCCUGCGACACGAGCUCAUUGCCCUGCACAGUGCUGGCACCGAAGAUGGUGCUCAGAAUUAUCCGCAAUGCUUCAACCUGCAAGUCACUGGCUCAGGAACAGACCAGCCCUCUGGUGUGUUGGGCACGGAGCUCUACAGCUCGACCGAUGCUGGUAUUAUUGUCAACAUCUACACAUCGCUAUCAACUUAUGUUGUGCCUGGCCCCACACUCUACAGCGGAGCCGUCUCUAUCACGCAGUCCUCUUCUAGCAUUACCGCUCCUGGAACUCCAGUUACGGGAUCGGGUAGUGUUGCGACCACCAGUGCCGGCACUGGUGGAAGUACAACUGCAGGGCAGACCACUUCAAGCACUACCUCAACAACUGCACGCACUACCUCAACCACAUCCGCCGAUACGACCUCAUCAACUACUCUGACAACUCGAGUCAGCACAAGCAGCACAACCCUUAUCACCAGUACGACAUCAAAAACCUCCACUACUUCAUUUAGUGGCGGUUCGACACAAUCCGUGUAUGGGCAGUGCGGAGGUAGCGGCUGGUCCGGAGCCACUGCUUGCAAUACGCAAGCGACUUGCAGUUCUAUGAACCCAUAUUACUUCCAGUGUGUCCCAACAGCUGCUUAG